CCUCCAUCAGCCCCGCGAGCAACGAUCGUGUUUAUCUCCGUGUUUAUCUCUGUGUUUAUCAUCUCCGUGUUCAUCUCCGUGUUUAUCUCCCCUUCUCACGCUCCAGCGGGCGCUGGGAACCCCCUCUCUCCCAGCGGGAUCCUCCGGCGGGGAAGGGCAGGGGCCGCAGCGCGUUUCUCUCCGCCGCGGUUAAUAUUAACAUAUUAACACAUAUUAACAUUAUUAACGCGUUAACAGUUAUCGCCGCUAACAGUUAUCGCCCGGACAACGCGUGUUGUUUGGUUCGCUCGCUUGUGGGUUUUGUUUAAUUCCCUUCCUGUCUUGUUUUCUCCCCGCCCUCCGGAGCGCGUUUUGCAGCUCGGGGAGGCGGGAAAUGCAGCUGCGAGGGGGUUAUAGGAGCCAAACGUGAUUUAAGCAAACCCACUUUAGCAAGCCAGCACUUGGUGGAAGGGUUGAAGGGUUGCACAAACAACUCUUGGCUUGGGUGCCGUGCCUGGGGAAUAUUCAGGCUUUGUCCAAAUAUUGCUGAUAUAUAUAAUUUUUUAUUUUUAUUUUUUUUAAGAUACAGUUUGGAAGCACAAACCUUGUUGUGUAAUUUCCUGCGGGGGGGGGAAACCCUUUCCCAGUUCUUCCUGCCCUUGACCCACCGACUUCCAGCUCCAGCAUGGAGCACCCCCUCUGCUGUGCUGCACCCAAGACCUCCCAGCUUGCAUCUCUUCCCCUAAUUCCUCAGGAAUCCAAUCGUUAGGGGUUGAUUUUCCCGCCUCCUUAAUUACCACCUAUUCAUUUCUUUGCCGGUUUUGUGUUUGAGUGCCCUGGCGUGGCAGCAGCCAGGGCUCUGAGCACUCAUUCCAUGUGCACCCUGGGAGCUGGGACCCGGAGCAGGCAGGUGGUGGAUGCAGUGACAGCCUGGGAUGGCCAAAAUCAGCCUCCUGGGAUGGCCAAAAUCAGCCUCCUGGGAUGGCCAAAAUCAGCCUCCUGGGAUGGGCAAAAUCAGCCUCCUGGGAUGGCCAAAAUCAGCCUCCUGGGCUGAGCUGCCAAACAGUGACUCCCACAUCUUGGCUUCACCAUCAGCAGCAUCCCCUGGCAUGGCCUGGGUGGCACUGUGGCACCCCAAAAAGCAAAGGGAUAGUUGCUUUUUCCCUGCCUGCUGUUCCACCUUCCCACUGGAAUAUUGCUGGUGCCUCCAAAGGGCAGGAGAGCUGGAUGUCACCAUGGUGACUGCACCCAGGGCCGUUCCCUCCCUCAGCACAGCUCUGGUGGAGCUGCAUGACAGAUGUUGUGGAGCUCCAGGCAAAGGUUUCCAAACCGGAUCUUUGUCCAGAAAUGAUAAACUCAGCAGUUUUUCUCUUGUUCAGGGUGAGGGGAGGCUGUGGGUUGGUCUGAAUUUGCCCCAGGCCACAAGUGGGUGAUGGGGCUGUUGGAUUCUCUGCCACAUCCCAGCCCCUGCGUUUAUCUGAGCUUUGUGCCUUGCCGGGGAUUGGUUGGAUUGCUGCCAAAUCCAACGGGCGCCUGGCACGGAGGGCUGGCCUUUGGGAAUCACCUGCAGCAGAGCCAGACAGCCCCAAAAGGGCCAGGACAGAGCCAGGGCAGGGGGGGAUGUUGGAGAAAAUGAAUAUUUAAUCACCAGCCCCCCUGUCCUAAGUUACCUCCCAGCCUGCCAUUCCCUGGCCAGAGCCCGGGAGCGAUGCCAGGGAGCGGGAGAUGGUGAAUGCUGCUCCUGGGGAAGCGUGGGAAAGGACUGGCAGAUCUACUCAUGUGUGUCUCCUUUUGUCUUCCAGCAGAGCCGAGUCCCUCUCUUCGGAUGAAAAAGAGGUGACGUCCAGUGGCACGGAGGGAGAGGGCUCCGCCGAGGAGCACCCGGCGGGAGAGGCCGGUUCCGAAAGCAGCUCCAGCAGCAGCUCCGAGGAGGAGUCAGAUGAAGAACAGGAGGAGAAGGAAUCUCCACCGAGCUGCGAUGAAUCAGGAAGGAACGGAUCUCCUGAGGGAAAGAUGUGCCUGCCACCCUGUGAGCACUGCAGGAAUGAAAAUGACCAGAAGGAGGAAGUGACCCCAAGGAGACUUGCUGGAGGACAAUUUAUGCUGCAGCUGGACGGAGAAGGGACCUACCAGUGCAGCCUCACGGGCUUGAUCUUCGAGGUGACGGGCCGUGUGAGGAUCACCUACUCACUGCUGUCCUGGAGCAAGUUCUCCAGCCUGGUGGAGAAGCCGUGGAUCGUGGGCGGGCCCCUCUUCGACGUGCGCUGCGACUCCGCGCCCGCCCUCACCUCCAUCCAGUUCCCGCACUCGCUGUGCCUGGGGGAUGACGGUGCUGGGAUGGCCUUCAAGGUGCUGCACGUCAAGGGCGACGGCGCGGCCAUCGAGCCCUCGGCCGCCUACUCGGCCUCGCACGUGAGGUGGGUGGUGAGCUCCCUGUCGCCCGUGGGGCCCCUGAUCCAGAGCCAGGAGCCUGUGCAGUACCACGGGGCUGUCAUCCUCUACAAAGCCGUGGAUGAGCAUCCCUCGCUGUCCUUCCGCGUCUACGUGGCGACAAACAACGACUCCUUCAUAAAGGACAUCUCAAAAGCUGUCAAACAUUCAAACAAGAAAUUUGUUAAGAUUGACAAGCCCCCUGUGUGCCAGAAGCUACUCCAGAAUGGAAAGAGGUACAGAUUGGUUUGUGAGCCAGAAGCUGAAAUAACUCCUGAGGAAAUUGAAUUCGUUGAUGGAUCACUCCUGAAACUGAAGAGUUACAUUGAAGUGUAUGUGGAGAAACCUGAUGAGUUCACCCUGUCUCUGGUUGAGCUGGACUCUGAUGCAACAGUCUGGAAAGCAAAACUCCGAGAACGGGACUGGCUGCAUUAUGACCACAACAAGAACAAGCAGAAGAGAAGCACAGGCUGUGUCAAAAAAAGGAAACCAGCCUCGGCAGAAGGGGGACUUUGCAGCAAAAAGCAGAAGACUGGUGACACUGCAGAUGGCAUCGGAACAAAAAUCCUGACGGACCAGCAGCUGCUGGCGGUUGCGAAGCAGUUGGGGCGGCAGUGGAGGGAAAUCGCCAUCGAGUGCCUGGAGAUGGAGAUGAAGGACAUCGAGGAGAUUCAGGCCAUGGAGGGAGAUGUCAAUAUGCAGAAGUUCCUGGUGCUGAGGAAGUGGAGAGACAGGCAGCAAAGCAGUGGCACUGCAGAAGCUCUGCUGAGGAGUCUGGGUGAUAAAGGGUCCUGUGAGCUGGAGCUGCUGCAAAUGCUGCAAGAUUUCUCGGCUCAGUGCUGAGCUGGAAGGACCUGCAGGCAGUGGGAGCUUCCCCAUCCAGCCCUUCUGCUCCUCUGGGAUCCUGCUGGGAUUCAGGAAGGAGGAUGCAAAAGCAUCGUCGCUCAGAGGGAAGUUUAGGCUGGAUCUUCUCAAGCAAUGUGAAUGAAAUUUGGGAUACAAGCCACUUCCAAGACUUCCAGGAGCGGUGGAUCCUGACAUCUCCAGGCUUCACCUGCAGGGAAUUCCACCACUGUCACCUCAUCUGAGCCACUCCUCGAAGAUGGGACCCCUGGAACAAACCAGGUGGAAUUGUUCGCUCCAGGAUCCCUCCCUGGGAGAUAUUUUCAUUUACAGCAGGGAAAAACAGGGAGAAAAGCUACCACAGGAACUCCCAUCCCCUCACAAAGCCACGCUGAACCACCCGAGUCGGGAGGUGCUUUGGAUUUCUCCUGGAUGUCCAAGAUCAGGGAAGGAUAAUCCUGAACUUUGCAGGCGAAUUCCUUUGCAGAAUCACUGUGUAAAUAUAAUUGCUGUACAUACUCCUGUACAUUCAGUCCUUGUUAAGCUGUGGUUCUCUUCUCUAAAAUCCCAAAGACUGAUUUUGCAGAAGCACCACUGUGUACUCCAGGCAGCUUGGAAUUUGCCCUGGGAAUUUCUUUUCCACUCUUUUUUGUAUAGUCUGUAUUUUUACGAGAGAGGUUUGUUGUUUUUUUUACGUUGUAUAAUUUUUUUUUUUAUAUGAGAAACUUUUUCUACUUUGUGCUUGAUUCAUUUUAACUCGAAUUAGGUGCUUAAACUUCCAUGGGAGGAGCCAGAAUUCCUGGGAAGGGCCCUCCACGUGCUACAGAAUUUGGAAAAGAUUUGGGAAUAACGUGAUUUGCAGAAGAGAGCGGUGACCUGAUCUGGGAUUGUCUGAUUUUUAAGGAUAUGGGAUGCUUGGGAUCAUCUUCCUCUGAGUGUGUUUAUGAAAGAAAAA